AUGGGUACCAGCUUUGCCGCACCUGGAUUCAUCCUUCUUCUAACUGCAUGCAUGGUGGCAGUUAGUGAGGCUGACACAAUAGUGGUUGGAGGGUCUGAACACUGGCACUACGGCUUCAACUACACCUAUUGGUCUAUCCAACAUGGCCCCUUCUUCAUAAAUGAUAAGCUAGUGUUCAAGUAUAAUCCACCAAGCAAGAACAACUCACGGCAUAGCGUAUACUUGCUACCAAACCUUUGGAGCUUUGCAACUUGCGACUUCAGUCAAGCGAAGCUGUUGGCUAAUCCGCAGCAAGGUGGUGGGAAGGGGUUUGUGUUUGAGCUCACAAACUGGAGGCCUCACUAUUUUGCUUCAGGAGAGGAAGAUGGUUCCCAAUGCGGAGAUGGGCGGAUGAAAUUCUUUGCUGUGCCUCUGCCUCGCUGGGGAAAGCUCAUUCCAGCAAAGAAAAUGAAGAUGGGUACCAGCUUUGCCGCACCCGGACUCAUCCUUCUUCUAACUGCAUGUAUGGUGGCAGUUAGCGAGGCUGACACCAUAGUAGUUGGAGGGUCUGAUCACUGGCACUACGGCUUCAACUACACCUAUUGGUCUAUCCAACAUGGCCCCUUCCACAUAUAUGAUAAGCUAGUGUUCAAGUAUAAUCCACCAAGCAAGAACAACCCACGGCAUAGCGUGUACUUGCUACCAAACCUUUGGAGCUUUGUAACUUGCGACUUCAGUCAAGCGAAGCUGUUGGCUAAUCCGCAGCAAGGUGGUGGGAAGGGGUUUGUGUUUGAGCUCACAAACUCGAGACCUCACUAUUUUGCCUCCGGAGAGGAACAUGGUUCUCAGUGCGUGAAUGGUCACAUGAAGUUCUUUGCUGUGCCUUUGCCUCACUUGGGAAAAUGACGCUAACAAAAAAGGGCUAGGAAGGUUUUCUUUCCCUUACAUUACUGUUUAUCACUUUAUCUCAGUAGAAAAUAAUCAUUUGGGAUGGACCCAAUUGAUAUUUAAAUAAACAAGAGAUUAUUCUCUCCUUCUUCGUUCUAGGAAUAUGUAAACGGAUUGCGCGUACGCACGUUGUUGACUUGUCGUAUGAAAUUGGGUUGUUUGUAUUGUCAA